AUGGCAACAGGAGAAGACGUGGUGAUAUCUCCACUUGUUCAGGCAUUGCUUGACAAGUUGUGCUCCAAUUUGUUGAUUGAUUUUGGGUUGAAUUGGGGCGUUGAAGAUGAACUGAGAGACCUCUGCAAAAUACUCCAACUGAUUUAUGAAAUAUCUUGUGUUGCAGAGGAGAUGCAAAUGAAAGAUACAUGCUUGAAGAUUUUCCUUAGAGAGAUCAGGGAUGUGGUUUAUAGUGCCACUUAUACUAUGGACGAGUUCAUUUAUGAAUCUCACCGACAGUGUCUCGAAGAUGAGAGCAAUCUAAACAUUUCUAGGACCGGGUCGGGGAGAAAGGUACGCGAAUACAUCAACUUUUCUUUCAACAAGCAACAGAUAUUGCAUAAAUAUGAAAUCCCAAGUGUCAUAAAUGAUCUGAAAAAAAAGAUGGCUGAGAUUGAAGAGAAGAUCAAACCCAAUUAUCUCAAUUUGAUUAGUUCAGAUAAAUGGGAACUUGACGUGAAGGAAAGAAGACUACAAACUGUUUCCUCAUUAGACAAACGUCAGGAGAGUGUUUCCUUUGUCGAUGAAUCUGAUGUUUUUGGUAGGGAGGAAGAUGCAAAAGAGAUGAUAAAAAUAUUGUUAUCUGAUCAAUACGAUAACAAGAAAAUUUAUGUUAUUUCUAUAGUGGGUAUUGGUGGUAUUGGCAAGACAACGCUUGCUCAACUUAUCUACAAUCACCCAAAUGUUGUAAAACAUUUUCAAAUGAGGGCAUGGGUUUGCGUGUCUGAAGAUUUUAAUGCUUUUAGGUUAAGUAGAAAAAUUCUAGAGUCUGCAACUAGGAAAGAAUGCAAUAUCAGUAACUUAGACCUGCUUCAAUGUGAACUUCGAGAUGCACUAAGGGGAAAGAGAUUAUUACUUGUGCUCGAUGACAUAUGGAGUGUUGAUCAUAAAACCUGGAAUGCCCUUAAGGUCUCAUUUAGUGUUGCAGACAAAGGAAGUAGAAUUAUAGUGACCACGCGAUUUAAAAGCAUUUCCUCCAUUACAGGUGCUAUAAAAACUCUUGAGUUGAAACUUUUACCAAACAAAGAUUGUUGGGAGUUAUUCAAGAAAAAGGCCUUUGAUGAGGAAAAUUUUGGCAUAGAUCCGAGACUAGAAGAAAUCGGAAAGAGAAUAGUUGAGAAAUGCAAAGGGUUGCCCCUAGCAAUAAAUACAUUGGGUGGACUUCUAUGCAAUGAGUCAGAUGUGAAGAAAUGGGAUUUAAUCUUAAAAGGUGAAAUGUGGGAGGUAGAAGGAGAUGAGACUUUGCCAGCUUUGCGUCUUAGUUAUCACUACCUUCCAGCACAUUUAAAACUGUGCUUUGCAUAUUGCUCUUUAUUUCCUAAAGACUAUAGAUUUGAUAAGAAAACUCUGAUCCUAUUUUGGAUAGCAGAAGGUUUUAUUCCAUCCAAACAAGUUGACAUUAUAGAAGACCUUGGCAGCAAAUACUUUGAUGAAUUGUUGAAUAGGUCCUUUUUCCAAAAGUACUCAGAUAUUGAUGAAAGCAUAUUCUUGAUGCAUGAUAUGAUGCAUGAUUUAGCAGAGUUAGUUUCAAAAGACAAGUAUUAUAGGUUGGAGAAAGGAAAAUCACAUAACACCAUCUCUGAAAAGGUGCAUUGUAUAUCAAUGGUUAGUUUCCAACCAGAGCCAAUGGAAAUGGAAUUAUACAAAUACAAGGAUUUAUCGACAUUUAUAUUGUUACAAAGAAGUUGGUUUCUUAAGGAGGAAGAAGUUUUACAUGGCCCUCGUCACUUAAUUGAACAAUUUGGAUGCCUACGUGUGUUGGAUUUGAGUGGAAUUAAUAGUUUCAAUAGUUUGCCGGAUUCAAUUGGUAAUUUGAAACAUCUAAGAUUGCUUAACCUCAACUGGACUGGCAUUCAAGUGCUACCCGAGUCAUUGUGCAACCUAUACAAUUUGCAAAUAUUGAUGCUUAAUGGUUGUGUGCUUGAUGAAUUUCCUGAAAACAUGGGAAACCUAAUCAGCCUCCAACACAUAGAGAUGGGUGACAAUAUCUGGGGAGAACAAUGCAACAUGUGGAACAAAUUCACUCAAAGAGGCAUUAGGAGAUUAUGUUUUUUGAAAACAUUGCGUUUCUUCAAUGUGAGAAAGAAGAAUGACAACGACGGAAGCACAAUAGGAGAGUUGAAAGACCUGUGUCAUGUUAGAGAUGACUUGCAUGUUUAG